AGAUACCCGAAAUGCCCCAUUGUUAUUAUGGAUCUCGGGGUCUGAUAUAAGAAGAGAACUCGCCCCUGUUGAUCUGAUACCAUGACCCCAACACCCAAACCCAUCUGUCACCUCUAAACCCACCAAGAAGCCCGCCGCCAUGGACAAGACCGCUCUCUUCCUCCAGCUGGUAUCCAAGCUCCCGCUGAUGGCCCGGGUGGCUCUGCUUCACAUGUUGCAAGCCUCGCCGGCGUCAAAAUACCAGGAUUUGCGGACGGAACUCACUAUUGCCAUGCUCCGCUCGUUCAUGGACGUGCCCAAGCCUAGGAGCAUCACUUUUACCCAAAAGAUGCUCUCAAGAGUACCCCCGAUCCGGGGCACGAUAUGGGUCAGCAAGUACACUCUGCCCAUCCCCACGGAGGAGGAUGCGCGCGCCAUCCAUGACACCUUGAGCAAGGUCAUCGACGGGCUUCAAGACCGUGACCAACCGAAGACGGCCAGGAUCCAAGUACCAGAAGUUCUUCCGGUGGAGGCGGAGUGGACAGCACACAGGCCGGGUGUGCCCAAAGAUGCGAAGCUGCCCGAUAUCCCAGAACGGGAGAAGUAUGACGAGAUGAUGAAAGACGUAAAAGCCCCAACCACGAUACUCUACUUUCACGGCGGCGCCUACUGGCUCAUGGACCCGGCCACACACAGGCCUACGUGCAGAGAGCUAGCCAAGCGGACCGGCGGUAGGUGUUACUCGGUGCGUUACCGGCUGGCGCCACAGAACCCGUUCCCGGCCGCGGUCAUGGACGCACUAGUCUCGUACCUCGGCCUGCUCUACCCACCGCCCGAGGCGUUCCACGAGCCCGUGAAGCCAGAGCACAUCGUCAUCGCCGGCGACAGCGCAGGCGGCAAUCUCUCGCUCGCGCUCCUCCAGCUCAUCAUGCAACUGCAACGCUCCGGCACCACCGUGUUCUGGCUCGGCCAUGAGCGCUCCAUUCCCCUACCCGCCGGCGUCGCCGUCAACUCGCCCUGGAUAGAAAUCACCCACAGCUCGCCGUCGUGUGUCACCAACGGUGCCUUCGACUACCUCCCCGGCCUCGAGGCGCAGGACAAGGCCGAGAAGUUGCGCGCGCCGUGCUCGGCCUGGCCCGCGAAUCCGCCGCGCAUGAGCAUGUACGUCGCCGACGAUUACAUCAUGCACCCGCUUGUGUCGCUUUUGCUGGCACCCAGCUGGCGUGGUGCGCCGCCAACAUACAUUUGCACGGGUUGGGAGAUGUUGUCGGACGAGGACAAGUUCACGGCAGCAAGGUUUCAUGCCGAGGGGGUUUCUGUGACGUUUGAGGAGUAUGAGGGCAUGCCGCAUUGCUUUGCCAUGGUGUUGAAAAACUUGAAGGAGGCGGAUAGGUGUAUGGAAGGAUGGUCGAGGUUUAUCGCAAGGGUCACGAAUUCGACUGCCUCUGAGGGAGGGGUUGAUGGUGCUGAUGAUAAGCGGAGCGCGAUGAGGAGCACGUUUACCACGAUCAAGUCGGGGACGCUGGAGGAGAAGGAGCUGGAUCCUAUGACGCUAAGCCCCUAUACGGAGGAGGAGAUUAGAGAAAAGAUGAGGAGGAGGAUAGGGUUAAAAUGUGUGCCGGCCACGGAGGGAGAUCUCGCAAAACUAUGAAUGUCGGGUUGGUAG